UUCUGCGCAUGCGUCUGCCUGCCAUUUCCGUUUCCGGCUAGUUGUACGCACUGAGGAGUCGGUGUCAUACUGCUUUGUGACCCGUUCAGUCCCGUCCUGUGUGUCCGGGAUGACUGCUGAGAAGAAACCACAGGUGGACCUGGGUCUCCUGGAGGAGGACGACGAGUUUGACGAAUUUCCGACCGAAGACUGGCCCGGCUGUGAUGAGGACGAGGACGCUCACGUUUGGGAAGAUAACUGGGACGAUGACAACGUAGAAGACGACUUUUCAAAUCAGUUAAGGGCUGAACUAGAAAAACACGGCUACAAGAUGGAGACGGCGUAGCCGGGAAGAGUGCGGUUCCUUUAUUGUUAGUUUUCUGUUUUUACAAUAAAUAUUUUUUUUGUUGCCGUUGUAA